AUGUCCGAUUUGAAUGGGAGUCCUGCUACUGGGGCAGAGAAGAGUAUCACUAGUAGUCAGGGCGUUGAUCCGUAUGGGUACUAUGCUCAAGCAUAUGAAGAGCAAAUCACAGGAGGACUUACAGAGUCGCCAGAACCUGAGAACGCUACAAGAUCGAAGAAUAUAAUUCUACCACAAUUUACAAAGAUAGUUGAGGACGACCAUGAUGCCGACAUCUCCAGCCUCGAAUCAGGAACCGUUCUUGCAGGCACACCAUCUUCCCGCGAAUCCAAGCGAAGAGACCGAAAACGCCGCGAACAACAUAGACAACGUCUUCGACGACCACGUAGUAGAGUUUCUGAACUUGAACAAUCCGUGAAAUCAUGGAGACGCCAUGUCGACCGAGAACAACGACUAGGAGAGGCACGUACACGGAGACCACCACAUAUGCAACGUCCACCAGAUAUGCAACAUAGGCAGAGCCAAAUAGACGAGUGCCAGUCUCUGAUAAGAUAUCCGGGCACAUUUAAGACACCAAUAAAAAUCUCGGAGAAGAGGAAGAGGUUGAAGGCGACUUUGACGGAAUUUGUUCCUCAAGGUUGUGAGAGGCAGGGGAAUGAUCAGCUUGGGUCUCGGCUUCCAAUUUACCUUCCGUCGACGUAUUAUCACAAUGAUCCUGGGGGUCAUUCUACUCAACAAUUGAAUAACGAAUUCGCACCCGUUGGGCCAAGCAUAAACUUGAAGCAACCAGCACAUCAAUCGGAACCACCGAAAUGGAUUCCAACACAUCAAUACGAUACCCAAAAUAUUCACAGGGCAAGACAUCAUAGCCUCGCACCACAAUCGAACAACCAGAUGGUUUUGUAUCGGCAAACUCCCAUAGCGAAGUCUGUACCUAUCUAUAACCAAAACCUUUACAGUUGCAAUCAAGGCCCUCAGCUGAAUACGACGUCAGGCUAUAGGACUUUCCAACAAGGCUUGAACAGUUUUCAGCCAAGCUAUCCGGGCUUCAAAAAUAACCAGACGCAAAACAUGGCAGGCCCUGGAUCAUCUCAGCAAAAUUGGAAUACUUCGCAAAUAAGAUAUCCAGACUUACAGAACUUUCAGCAGCAGGCCUAUACGCCUAAUAUCCUCAACACUAGCUUUAACAAUGAGAUGGCGAAGGGCGAGAUAAAUCAAUACAACAAUUUUCACUAUCCAGCACACGCAGCAUUUCAAUAUCCACAACCACAGUAUCGCACAAUAGACACCCUUCCGCUUCAAAACCACCAGUUUCAGCACAACAACACCCAACUCGACCAUAAAUUUCCCAGUAAUACCCAGGAUAUAGGACACUGGGCCCAGCCGCAGCACCUAGGAGUUGACACUUAUGAUUCUCGCUUUAAUGCUCGCGAGUGGCAACCGAAGCCGACUGGCCAAACAAAUGCUGAUUUUCAGUUGCAGAACCAAGAAAACUUUCAACUACAACCACAGAUUCAGGGGAGUACAGGUUUGUUGCCUUCUGCAACAUUUCACGGUGCCGAUCACGGUGGAAACUAUAGCCAAGAACAAAACCAAGACCAAGUACAGCAACAGCACAGAAAUAACACAAAGAUACAGGAUGGGUAUACUGUACAGCAGAAUCCAAAGCGCUCCACUACGUCUUACGGUACUGGUGAUGUUGGAAAUUACAACCAAAACCAAGACCAAACACAACAACACCGCGGAAACAAUAUGGAUGAACAGAAUAGUUAUGCUGUACCACAAAACUCGAAUGCCUUAGUUACAUCACAAAAUUUUCCUUCGUAUACUAGCCCAGGUGGUUCGUAUCAGCAAAUCUGA